AUGAGGGAAAGCGGAACGCCACCAGAAAAAAUUGCGGAAAAAAUAGAAGAAGCCAUCGAUGAGCUGACCGAUGAGGGCGCCAAGACGAGGGCCAAGAAGGCGUCCGCAGCAUGCAAGCGUAUUUUCGGCGUAGUACGUCGUUUCAGGAGGGACGAGCAACACCCUGUCACUCUCGAAGAAGCACUAGACAAAUAUCUCACCUGGCUAAGCGAUGAUCAGAAAGCGGAACUGAAGUCACUCAAAGAGAGCGGUGAUAAGGAAACCAUCUAUAAGAAGGUCAUGGAGUACUUCGAAGGUACCAGUGGUGAGACGAAAGACAAGGCCGCAGAAGAACUGAAGGGCGCUUGCAAACAUUUCAUCGAAAAACUCCUGGGAGCUGAGAAGGCGGCCGAAUAUCGUGCUAUGAGGGAAAGCGGUACGCCAGCAGAAAAAAUUGCGGAAAAAAUAGAAGAAGCCAUCGAUGAGCUGACCGACGAAGGCGCAAGAACAAGGGCUAAGAAGGCCUCAGCUGCAUGCAAGCGUAUUUUCGGCGUAGUGCGUCGUUUCAGGAGAGACCAGCAGCCUGACAUCGAGGAAGGCAUGCAAAAGUUCCUGACGUGGUUGACCGACGAUCAGAAGCAGAAGGUCAAAGCAACGUAUGAGAGUGGUGAUCGAGAAGCAUUCUACAAAGAGAUCAUGACGAUGUUCGAGGCUGCAAGUGGAGAAGUGAAAGCCAAGGCUAGCGAGGAGCUGAAAGCGGCUUGUAAGCACUAUGGAAAGGAACUGAUGGGUGAGGACAAAAUGAAGGUCAUCAAGGAGAUGAAAGACGGCGGCGCGACUAACGAGGCGAUCUCGCAGAAAAUCGAGGAGAUGGUUGAAGAAAUGACGGAUCCCGAAAAGAAAGCAAAAGCGAAA